AUGCUCUCCCUGCCGAGCCGGACCAGCAAAGGAGCCCUCGAAGGCAUCUACACCUGGUGCCAAAAAUGCGGUGCUGGCUGCAUCGCUCCAGUCGGAGAGAAGUUUAGAGACCAUCUCGGCGAGCGCAGUAUCUACUGUACCAAAGAGUGCUGGUGGCAACACGGCCAGGAGCGAGGGUUCACGCCCUACGGCGGUUAUGCAAAUCCCAUCAUCUGCGAACCACCUCCUGAUCACGACACUAUUAUGCCCAUCUUCACCCCGAGACUCUGGCCUACUAUGUACAGUCCUCCCGUUACCAUGACGCGUCGGGCCUCCGUCCUGUUGCCAGAGCUUCCUGUCCCACCCCCUCAAGGCCCAGUCCCAACGCCUCGCUACAGGAACUUAAACCGUCCUCAUCCAAAAGACAUCUUGUGGCCUGCGCCCGAGAUGCCUGAAGGUGGCUCUGGAUACGGCUAUCCCAACGUCAACUGGCUUCAUUACAUGCCCGACACAGAGGUCUACGGCUACCUGAUCGACUCGUUCCGCCUUCGCAUGCAGGAUAUCAAGGGCCGACCGACAACUCGCCUCGACAUUUUCUACCAGGAUUGGAACAAGGACAUGGCCGGCUUCAAGCACUAUCUCGACCUGGCUGAGGAGACUCCGGGCCUUUUGCCCAUCGAGUGGAAGUCCAAGAGGGAUGCGUGCGAGAGUCUCUGCAAGUUUGAGCCGUAUUACGACCUCUCCAAUCUGGACGCUCUGGACAAGCCAUCUAUCAUUAUGCACCACGACGACGACCGCAGGUGCAUUCGCAAGCUUCGAGAGCUGGCGCAGGCCGUGUUUGGUCGACUAUCAGCAGCCAAGAUGCACCAAUCAAACCUCUUGUCCUCGCCUAUCAACGGCAUCCACAUCUACACCCCGAGACAUCAAAACGGAUUCCGUAUCGGGCCAAACGGUGUCACUCCCGAGCUCCGGCUCCGGCCAUGUCGCAAUGUAUUCCCACUAUUGGCAACGAGCUGUCCCCCCACCAGCCUCUUCUAUAUCUCCGAGAGACAAUCAUACUCCUUCACUUCAAUCAACCCUCCAGAGUGGUGCGCAACCAUGGUAAUGAAAUCGCUUACCGCGUUGGCGACCGUCGCCGGCGCCUCAGCCUUUGUCCUGACUCCAAUUGGCGCCAAUGUCCAGAAGCCCUUGGGAGGCGGCUUUCAGUGUGAUCUCCCUCCCGUGCUUAACCCCACCCGCGACGGACUUCCCUCGGCCGAUAGUCUGUUUUCGUCUCACGAUGCUCUGCUGAGGCAGGUCAAGAGGCACCAGGCCGUUGUGCGGGUUCCGUCAAUCUGCUACGAUGACCUGGGUGACUUUGACAAAGAUGAGCGGUGGGCGCCGUUUUACGACUUGCAUGAUGUGCUGGCAAAGACGUAUCCAGCAAUCCACAAGCACGCCAAGCUUGAAAAGGUCAACAGAUUCGGCCUGGUGUACACACUCGUUGGGAGCGACUCGACUCUGAAGCCAUACCUUCUCGCAGCUCAUCAAGACGUUGUUCCCGUUCCUGACCCAUCAACAUGGACUCACCCACCCUUCGAUGCCUACUUUGACGGCGAAUGGCUCUGGGGCCGUGGUUCAUCCGAUGACAAGAACAGCCUGACUGCUCUUCUCUCGGCAAUCGAGACUCUCCUCACAGAGACCGACUGGAAACCAAAGCGCACUCUGCUUCUGGCCUUUGGUUUUGACGAAGAGUGCUCCGGGUACCGCGGUGCCGGCAAGAUCGGUGACUUCCUCACAGAACGAUAUGGAGACGACAGCAUCGCCCUGAUCCUCGACGAGGGUGGCUCAGGAAUCCAGCUCAUUGUCAACACACUCUAUGUUCUCCCCGCAGUAAUGGAAAAGGGCCACGUCGAUAUCUGGGCAGAGCUACACACCAAAGGCGGCCACAGUUCCAUCCCCCAGCCACACACGGGCAUCGGCAUCGCCGCAGAGAUCAUCUCAGCACUUGAAGCUAACCCAUACGAGCCGAGGGUUCUCGAGGACAGUCCAGUGUACAACCACCUUGUUUGUACAGCCAGGUACUCGCCCGAUGCCGAGCCCAAGCUCAAUGACCUGCUUAAGAGGGGCGACCUCGACAAGCUCACUUCGGAGCUGAUUAGCGUGAACCCCACGGCUCGGUUCCUCAUUCAGACGACGCAGGCGGUCGACAUCAUCCAGGGUGGGCAAAAGAUCAACGCCCUCCCCGAACUUGUCACUCUUGGGGUAAACUACCGAAUCGCCCCCCAGGACAGCAUCGCCAAGGUGCAGCACCGCUUCAUCGAAAACAUCUCUUCCGUGGUGAAAAAGUACAACCUUAGCGUGGAGGCGUACGCAGACGACAAAGAGUACCAGGCUCUCUUUGGCAACAACGCCGCACCAGUUGGAGACUAUGACGGCCGUCUCGUUGUAAAAGCAGCAGAAAAGUUUGACAUCACCCCCGUGUCACCUACAAGCGGGCCAGUCUGGGACAUCUUUUCCGGAACGAUCCAGCAUACCUUUGCUUUUGACGGCGGGCGAGUAGUCCCCGUUGGAGAGGUAAUGACGGGCAACACCGACACAAGACAUUACCUGAACCUUUCGCCACACAUUUACCGUUGGACGCCAUCCAGACAACGUGGUUCGGAAAACAUCCACACGGUGGACGAGAGGGUGAGGAUGGACUCGCAUCUGGACAUUGUCAAGUUUUACUAUGAUCUGAUCCGCAACCUGGACGCGGCGGAGCUGUAG